UUAGGACCUGGGUUGAGAAGCAGAUUUUAAAAGCAGUUUCUCUUCAAAUCAUCUUUCAUACCACCCGAUAAGCAUCUUGAUUCACCAUGGCAUUGGCAGCAGUAAAAUGGGCUAUAUCAAGCAGAACUAUCUUGAAACAUUUAUUUCCAAUUCAAAAUGGAGCCUUAUAUUGUGUUUGUCAUAAAACUACAUAUUCUUCUCUUCCAGAUGACUAUAAUUGCAAAGUAGAGCUUGCUUUGACAUCUGAUGGCAGGACAAUAGUAUGCAUCUAUCACCCUUCUGUGGACACUCUGUAUGAACACACAAAACCUAUCCCUCGGCCAGAUCCUGUGCAGAAUAAUGAAGAAACACAUGAUCUAGUGCUGAAAACCAGAUUAGAAGAAAAAGGUGAACACUUAGAGCAAGGACCCAUGAUAGAACAACUUAGCAAAAUGUUCUUUACUACUAAGCACCGUUGGUAUCCUCGUGGACAGUAUCAUAGACGCCGUAGGAAACUGAAUCCUCCAAAAGACAGACGAUAUUGAGGUUUUCAAGAAUCAAAGAGAAAUGUUAUCCCGUGUCUCAUUUGCCAUUUGAGAAAAUACAAUUGGGUAUAUUCACUAAUAU